AUGAAGGAAGAGGUGAAGGGAAUUCCUGUAAGAGUGGCAUUGCGUUGUCGCCCUCUGGUUCCUAAAGAGAUUAGCGAGGGCUGUCAGAUGUGUCUUUCCUUUGUGCCCGGGAAGCCUCAGGUGGUAAUUGGUACAGAUAAAUCCUUUACCUUCGAUUUUGUGUUUGACCCCUCCACUGAACAGGAGGAGGUCUUCAACACAGCAGUAGCACCACUCAUUAAAGACGUAUUCAAAGGUUACAAUGCCACUGUCCUGGCUUACGGGCAGACCGGCUCUGGAAAAACCUACUCUAUGGGGGGUUCAUAUAGUGCAGAUGAAGACAAUGAACCAACCAUUGGGGUUAUUCCUAGGGUAGUACAACUUCUUUUCAAAGAAAUGGAUGAAAAGAGAGACUCCGAGUUCACACUGAGUGUGUCUUACUUGGAGAUUUACAAUGAAGAAAUUUUGGAUCUUCUGUGCUCGCCUUGUGAGAAAGCAGCUCAAAUACAUAUCCGGGAGGAUCCCAGGGCAGGCAUAAAGAUUGUGGGACUCACCGAGAAGACGGUUUCAGUUGCGUCCGACGUGAUUUCCUGUUUGGAGCAGGGCAACAACUCUAGGACUGUAGCUGCCACAGCUAUGAAUUCACAGUCUUCCCGAUCUCAUGCCAUCUUCACAAUUUCCAUAAGGCAAAGGAAGAAAACUGACAAGGACAGCAGCUUUCACUCGAAGUUGUGUCUUGUAGAUCUCGCCGGGUCAGAAAGACAGAAGAAAACCAAGGCGGAAGGGGAUCGCCUGAAGGAGGGUAUUAGUAUUAACCGUGGACUCCUGUGCUUGGGAAAUGUGAUCAGCGCUCUUGGAGACGGCAAAAAGGGUAGCUUUGUGCCCUACAGAGAUUCCAAGUUAACUCGCCUGCUUCAAGAUUCUCUGGGAGGCAACAGCCACACUCUUAUGAUCGCCUGUGUGAGUCCUGCCGACUCCAAUCUAGAGGAAACAGUAAAUACCCUCCGCUAUGCUGACAGAGCUAGAAAAAUCAGGAACAAAGCUGUAGUUAAUACUGAUCCCCAGACAGCUGAACUUAAUCGUCUUAAGCAUCAGGUACAGCAGCUACAGGUCCUAUUGCUACAGGCCCACGGAGGCAGCCUGCCUAGAUCUAUAGAAGCGGAGCCAUCAGAGACUCUCCGAUCUCUGAUGGAGAAGAAUCAGUCCCUGGUAGAGGACAAUGAAAAAUUGAGCCAUGCUCUGAGCGAGGCAACUGGUGAGGCUGCCCGGAUGUUGGAAAGGAUCAUUGUGACAGAGCAAGCGAAUGAAAAAAUCAACACCAGGCUGCAAGAGCUCAGGCAUCAUGCGGCCUGUAAAGUGGAUCUGCAAAAGCUAAUGGGGAGGUUGGAAGACCAGGAAUUAAUAGAAAACGUAGAGACGAUUUGCAGUCUACAGCAAGUGAUUAUUUGUCUAUCAGACGAAACAGUUGCUUUCCUGGACGCAGCCGCUGAAUCGGCGAUGGAACUAGGUGCUCAAGAGGCGAUCAGUCCAGAGAUGACGUCUUCGGACGCUUUCACCACACAGCAUGCUCUACAGCAAGCUCAGAAGUCUAAGGAACUCACUGAGCUGAAUAAAGCCCUUGUGCUGAAAGAGGCCCUAGCUAGGAAGAUAACUUCCAACGGUGGCCAACUACAGCCCAUUCAGUGCCAGUAUGAGGCAGACAUCAAAAGCUUAGAAUCAGAAGUCACCAGUCUGCAGAAGGAAAAGGACCAAUUGCUUCUGGAUCUUCAGAUGACAAAGAAGGAUGUCAACCAAGCCAAGUUGAGUGAGCACCGCCGCAAAUGUCUCCAAGAGCUGGAGGCUCAAAUAGGCAAUCUGAAGAAGAAACUAAAAGAACAGUCCAAACUCCUGGUACUGAAAGAGUCCACUGAGAAUACCAUCUCCAGACUGACUCUGGAGAUACAGAUGAUGAAAACUCAGCGAGUCCAGUUGAUGCGCCAGAUGAAGGAAGAUGCUGAAAAGUCUAGACAGUGGAAGCAACAGAAAGACAAGGAAGUAAUCCAGUUAAAAGAACAAGACCGUAAAAGGCGGUAUGAGCUGCUUAAACUGGAAAGAGACUUCCAGAAACAGUCCAACGUGCUCAGGCGUAAAACCGAAGAGGCAGCAGCGGCUAACAAGCGCCUUAAGGAUGCCCUCCGAAAGCAACGGGAAGCAGCAGAAAAACGCAAAGAGACGCAGAGCCGUGGAAGAGAAGGCACAGACACACGAGUGAAGAACUGGCUUAAAGGUGAAAUUGAAGUAAUGGUCAGUACUGAGGAAGUCAAACGCCAUCUGAAUGACCUUCUUGAAGAGCGAAAGAUCCUAGCCCGGGAUGUGACUCAGCUUAAAGAAAACAAGGCACCUGGGGAGAACACGCCUCCUAAGCUCCAGAGGUGCACAGCUGCCAGUGAUGAAGUAUGUGGUCAUGUUUCAGAGCCAGCGGAUUCUAUUAUAGAGCAGACUGGAAGUCUGGAGGCUGAAAUGGAACUCAGGAGUGCUCAGAUUGCUGACCUACAGCAAAGGCUCCUGGACGCAGAAAGUGAAGACAGGUCAAAACGACACUGGGAGGAUAUUGCUACGACCCUGGAAGCCAAAUGUGCCCUAAAAUAUUUAGUUGGAGAGGUGGUCUCCUCUAAACUUUGGGUCAGUGAGCUUGAAAGCAGCCUGAAACAGAGCCGCGCUAGUAAUUGUAAAAUGCAGAAACUGCUGCUUGAGGAGCAAAGUCGUCUCGUUGAAGUAGAGACAGACUUGAAAGCUGAGCUGCUUAAGGUGGAGCAGAAGCACCAGGAGAAGGUGCUGUGCCUUCUCAGUCAGCUGCAGCGAAGCCACAUGGCAGAGAAGCAGCUGGAGGUGUCAGUCAGUGCAAAGGAACAGCAGCUGCUGAGCGCAUUGCAGGGUCAGGAAGAGCAGUUUAGGAAAAUGCAAGAAGCGUGUGAGCGAAACCAGCAGCUUCUCCAAGAGAAUGAAAUAAUGAGGCAGAACCUGACCCUCCUUCAAGGAGCCAAAGGCCAGAAAUCUCGUCUUCCCAAGGAUGGCCUUCAAUGUGCGGAUUCUUCCUCGGACUACAUUCCACCUGCGCCCACACCAUCCCGUGUUACAGACAAGUUCCCGGAACAAAGCAUGGACGCUAACGAUCUGAAGUAUCAUUCAGAGCAUUUGCUGAGUGAGGCUGAAGAUGGUGUUGCCUAUGGUAAGGAGUGGAAACCCGGGAAACUGGCUAAAGUGUCUGUGAAGACCGUCCAAGGGUCUUCCUGUAGGGGGUGGUGUAGGAAAAAACACUGUGGGUGCAGGGAGCAAGCGUUGGACUGCAGGGCGGCCUGUGGCUGUGACCCCACAAUGUGCUGUGACCACCAGCAAGAGCAAGAUAGCUUGGGAGGCACCCCCGAGCGGCACCGGGAUUCUGAAGGUUCCUUCGAACUGGAAGAUCCUACCGAGGUGAACCUAGGACUGAACUUCUUCAACCCUGUCUGUGCCACUCCCAGUACCAAGAUGCUUAAAGAGAUGCGUGAUAUGGAUCAAGUUUUAUCCAGGAAGACUGCUCUUGCAGUUUCCUUAGCUCUCCCAGACAUAAAACACGGAGCAACGGAAUCCCAAGAAAACAAGGCCACAGGGAAGAAAAGGAAGCGAACUCUGGCCUGCACUAGCAUCUUCUUUUCUGGCUGCUCUCCUACCAAUGAAGAGACCAGCUGA